UACACAGCGUUUGUAUUUAAAGGCGCCAAGCGGAUUCGCUUCACAAUCAGCCGUGCGCGAGCCUGCCAUUUUUUCUUUCCCUGGGCUAUUUGGUGUACUUUAAGUUGUCGGUUAACGCGCACACUGGACAUGCCGGAGGAAACCGAUGUUGCUGCUUCUUCGUCCACAAAAGCUGUGGAGGAGAAGCCUUGCUCAUCGAGUGCUGCAGAGAGCUCUGUAGAUGUGUUUGAAGAGGCGAAGAAGCUGAUUGGCACUGGAAACAGGCACCUGGUCAUGAAAGAUGUUGUAUCUGCAGUCAGUGUGUUUCAGGAGGCCUGUGCCAUGCUAGCUGAGAAAUACGGCGACACCGCUGAUGAAUGCGGAGAGGCAUUCUUCUUGUGUGGGAAGUCCUUGCUGGAGCUUGCCAGGAUGGAGAACUCUGUCUUGGGUAAUGCUUUGGAGGGAGUCCCGGAGGAAUCCUCAGAGGAGGGCGAGAAGCACAAUGACUCGAAGAUUGAGAGUGCAGAUAACUUGGAUGAGAAAACCAGAGAUGAGCUCCGUGAACAGGUUUAUGAAGCUAUGUCUGAGAAGAGUGAUUCUCAGGAAGGGGAGCCAAAAGUGGGUAAAGAGCAAGAAGUCAAGGAAGAACGGAUGGAAGAGGCUGGGGCACCGUCUGAAAAUCGCGAGGAGGCUGAGGCACCGUCUGAAAAUCGCGAGGAGGCUGAGGCACCGUCUGAAAAUCGCGAGGAGGCUGAGGCACCGUCUGAAAAUCGCGAGGAGGCUGAGGCACCGUCUGAAAAUCGCGAGGAGGCUGAGGCACCGUCUGAAAAUCGCGAGGAGGCUGGGGCACCGUCUGAAAAUCGCGAGGAGGCUGGGGCACCGUCUGAAAAUCGCGAGGAGGCUGAGGCACCGUCUGAAAAUCGCGAGGAGGCUGAGGCACCGUCUGAAAAUCGCGAGGCGGCUGGGGCACCGUCUGAAAAUCGCGAGGCGGCUGGGGCACCGUCUGAAAAUCGCGAGGCGGCUGGGGCACCGUCUGAAAAUCGCGAGGCGGCUGGGGCACCGUCUGAAAAUCGCGAGGCGGCUGGGGCACCGUCUGAAAAUCGCGAGGAGGCUGAGGCACCGGCUGAAAAUCGUGAGGAGGCUGAGGCACCGGCUGAAAAUCAAGAGUCUACAGAAAAUCUUAAAAGUGAAGUGCAGACUUCUGGAAGUAUUAAAGAGUUGGAUAACGCUGUCUCCUCAAAACAAGAAGGUCCUGAGUUUACAAGAGAGGCAAAGGAGGAUACUGAGAAAAAUGAAGAUCAGGGAGAAAAUGAAGAACAGCCAGAGCCUAUGGAGGAAGAUGCUGGAGAUGCUGAAGAUGAUGACGAUGAUGAUGAGGAAGCAGAUGAAAAUGCAGAGGAUAAGGAGGGUGAGGAGGAGGAGGAUGUUGGAAAUCUUCAGUUAGCAUGGGAGAUGUUGGAAGUGGCGAAAGUGAUUUACAAACGAAAGGAAAGCAAAGAGGACCAACUAAUGGCUGCACAGAUUUUCUUGAAACUUGGUGAAGUUGGCGUGGAAUCUGGAAACUACAGCCAGGCCUUAGAUGACUUUCAGGAGUGCUUAGCCAUACAGCUAAAGCAUCUUCCUCCUCACAGUCGUCUGCUGGCAGAGACUCAUUACCAAUUGGGCAUGACCUUCAAUUAUACAGGCCAAUACAACCAGGCCAUCCAACACUUCAGCAGUUCAAUCAAAGUCAUAGAGAGUCGCCUGGCCAUGCUUCAAGAAAUAAUUGACAAAACAGAAGGUGCUGAAGGAGCAGCAGAGGAAAAGCGUGAACUAGAGGAACUGAAGGAGCUUUUGCCAGAAAUUGUUGAAAAGGUGGAAGAUGCAAAGGAAAGCCAGAGGACUGCUCCUGCAGCAACAGAAGCGAUUCAACAGACCCUGGGAGGGGCAUCUACAUCCUCAGGAUUUGCAACUGAAAAUGGUGCUUCAUCUACAGCUGCCCUGAUUGCGGUUAAGCCUGCUGAUGGUGCGUCCUCUUCAAAAUCCGCAUCAGAUAUUUCUCAUCUCGUCCGUAAAAAGAGGAAACCAGAAGACGAGAGCCCAAAAAAGGACAGUGAUGCUAAAAAGGUCAAACAGGAGACUACAGUUAAUGGCAGCGCCGACUCUGCCAGCAACAGCAAUGGAGUCCAGGAGAAAAUGGAGCAGGAGGCUGUGAAUUCUUCUACCUCUGCAGAAGCCACGGCGUGACGGGUAUAUUCUAAAAUGCCCAGUGAUCUUCCAACCAGCACAGCAUGCCUGCCUCAACAGCAUUUUGUUUUUUAUAAAUAGGUUUUUUUUUUUGUUUUUUUCCCCCCCGCCUUCUUU